GCCCCCUAGUGUCUCCACUCAUGGUUAUCGAACCAUACGUUGGGCACUAAAAUAUUAACAUUACGCGUGUUGAGAUAAGCCGGAAGGUAGCAAAAUGCUGCAGAUCGGUGCAAAAUUGUGCCUGACUAUUGUAAUAUUUCUGGGAAUCAAGGACGUUUCGUCAGAGACAGUUCAGGGGUCCAUUCUGUUAAACAGUGGUGUCUUUGACAAGGUUAUUAGUAAAUUUAAGGCGGUAUUGGUUAAGUUUGACGAGACCUACCCUUAUGGAGACAAGCAAGACACAUUUAAGGCGGUGGUGGAGGCCACAUUGUCACAGUCUGAUAUACUCUGUGCGGAGGUGCAGGUAGCAGAUUAUGGAGAGAAGGAAAAUGCAGACAUUGCUGAGAAGUAUGGAGCAAAGAAAGACGACUUCCCUGUGUACAAACUGUUUGUGGAGGGCAAAGAGGAACCAGAGACCUACAAAGGAGAUGUCAAAAAAGCUGACGAUAUCAAAAAGUUUUUGAUCAGAGAAUCAGGUUUGUGGCUUGGACUGCCAAGUUGUCUUGAAGACUUUGAUAAACUGGUUGCAGAAUUUAGAAAAACUCCGGAUGACAAAAAAGCAGAGAUUUUCACAAAAGCAGAAGAGUUAGCACAAAAAUAUACAACAGAAAAAGAUAAAAGAGCAGCAGAAAUUUAUGUAAAAACCAUGAAGAAGCUAGUAGAAACACCAGAAUUUGUGGACACUGAAAUUAAACGGGUGGAAAAAUUAAAAGAUGGUAAAGUCAGUGAUAAAAAGAAGGAACAACUUAAUGACAGACUCAAUAUUUUAACAUCAUUCCAAAUGAGGCUAAAGGAUGAACUUUGAUUUAGUGAGGAAAUUGUAACAAAAAUUUAAAUCAUGCAUUUAGAAAUUCAUGUAUUACAGAUCAUACAACAAUCAUGAAUGAAAGCUGUAAAAUGAGUUGUUCCCCUUAUUUGAAUUUUACAAGGUGUAUGCAUUUGAUUAUUCUUUUCUACUUUUGUAACUCUCUAUAUAUGGAAAAUGUCUCUGAUUUUAAAAGUGUUUUAUAUGGUGCUAUAUUCUGUGAAAUGGAAGUUGAAAUCAUUUUUACAUUUUUGUGGUGUAUUUUCAACCAACCAAAUAAUGUUUCUGGUGAAAUGCUAAAUAAAUUCUAGAAAAUAACAA